CAUAUUUGCUAAACUCUCACAUAAAGAGACAAAUAUGGGAGGUGCAACUAUCAACCUUCCUCCGGGCUUCCGCUUCUUCCCCUCCGACGAAGAGCUUGUUGUUCAUUUCCUCUACCGCAAGGCCGCCCACCUUCCGUGCCAACCGGACAUCAUCCCCACCAUCGACCUCCGUUGCAACGAUCCAUGGGAUCUCAAUGGCAAAGCUCUACAAGGAGGUAAUCAAUGGUACUUCUUCACGCGCAGGACCCCAAAUAGAGCCACACCAAAUGGAUAUUGGAGCCCAAUCGACACCGAUGAACCGAUUACUAGCUGCGAAAGGGUGGUUGGUGUGAAGAAGACUCUCAUAUUUUACUAUGGUGAAACCCCCCAAGGGACUAAAACCUAUUGGAUUAUGCAUGAGUACCAUCUAGCAGAAGCUGGUCUUAGUAACACUAGAAGUACUACAAGUUGCACCAAUGCAAGUAGGCCUGUUAAGAAGAGAGGGAACCAAACAACAGAAUCUAACAAGUGGGUUUUGUGCCGAGUCUACGAAUCGAACUGUGGAUCGCAAGUGAGCUUCUGCGACGAUGGGAGCGAGCUUUCAUGCUUGGACGAAGUGUUCUUGUCGUUGGAUGAUCUCGACGAAGUAACCAAUUGAUUUUCUACGUACCCGAUCGAGUGUGCUAACAUUAAACAGUUAAUAAAUAUAAUCAUGUAACUAAUUACACUCUAUUAAGGUGUAUUAAUAUUCGAUCUUUUCCUUGGUUGUUCCUCAUGACAUGUAUAUGUACUCACGUACCAAGUACCUACACGAAAGUGCAUGUGCUAGGA